UUAUCCCUCAGAUAAUGAGCAGUUAUUUUCUUUGGCGUUAGUUUAAUUAGUUCGACACAUCCAUCGCCUUCAGUGUUACUUUUGAAAAACAACGAUACCUAGUCGAGUCGGGUCGAGUCGAGCAUCGUUCGUUUCACAGUGGGCUGGCUAUAAUGGGUGUUUGGGUCCAGGCGGGCAGCACGGCGUUGAUAUGCUGCGUCUGCGUAAACAUGGCUGCGAUGUUCAUGUGGCCAUCCUCUACGCUGACACUCUUCCAAUGCGACAACACACCGCUGCAUCGCCCCUUGACGGAGGCCGAGGCGAACAUGCUAGGCAGCCUGUCCUCUCUGGGCGCUCUCAUCAGCACGCCCUUCACUGGAAUGAUGCUCGACCGACUCGGUAGGAAGAACAUAUCCUUGCUCAUAGGAGUUAUAGGUGUGAUAUCGUGGUCAAUGAUUUCCUUGUCCAACCGGGUAGAAGUGGUUCUGGUCGCCAUUUUCUUGAGCGGCCUCAGCGGCUCCGUGUUCCUAGUAGUUCCAGUCUACAUCUCUGAGAUAUGUCAGACAUCGAUUCGAGGGACGAUGACCUCUUGCUCCAUGGUGUUCUACGGCGUGGGCAUGUUGGUCUCGUACCUGAUGGGCGGCUACAUGAACUACUACCCCAUGGUGUACACGUGUCUGACCAUGGCAGUAGUUAGUACACUCUUCAUUACCGUCCUAAAGGAAACUCCGGUUUGUCUGAUGGCUAAGGGAUUAAACGAGGAAGCAGCCAAGUCGUUGGCGUUUUAUAGAGGACUAAAACCAGAGUCUAAAGAAGUGUUGGAAGAGUUGAACAUCAUUCAGAGAUCACUGUCUCCUGACUUGGACUGUGCAGAAGUGACUCCUGAGGAACAAAAACUGAAUCCGGCCGACAGAAAACAUCAAAAAUUAUCUGUGAUACAGUUCAUGAACAAAUCAAGAUCUACGCGCAAAGCUCUGUUCGUCUGCGUCACGAUAUUGACACUGUCAAUAUUCCAAGGAUCGGUGGUGGUACAAGUGUACGCGGGGCCCUUAUUCUCUGCGGCGAUCCCGUCCGUGUCGUCCACUCUGUGCAGCGUAGUGGUCGCCGUGGUCACAGUCCUCACCGGGCUGGUCUCCGCCUACUUGACUGAGGUCACCGGAAGACGACCGCUGAUGAUCCACUCGUCCACACUGAGCGGGUUGUGCUGUAUCCUCCUCGGUACUCAAAUACAGCUGGGCUGGGCUCCGAGCUGGGUGACUGCCCUCUUCAUCUUUGUCUUCACCGCGACGUACAGCCUCGGCUCCGGCAUGGUGCCGUACGUGCUGUUUGCUGAAGUAUUCUUGCCCGAGGUGAAGAGCUUCAUGUCGAUGCUGACGGUGGAAUGGGCCUGGUUCUGCAACUACGUGAUCCUGUUGAUCUUCAACCCGCUGCUCAAGGUCGUCGGUCUGGGUCCGAUUUUUUACAUAUUCGCGGUCAUCUGCUUCGUGACCAGCGUGUUCUGUAUGCUGGAGCAGCCGGAGACCAAGGGCCUCCAUUGCGAAGACAUUCAACACUUAUUCGAUAAGAAGAGCAGUAAGGCGCGUCGGAUCGAGGGCUCUGCGUGACGUCACUGAGAUGAAGCUUCCCACGAUGGCGUUGCUAAUGACGCGACGCGCUCACCCCAGGCCCCGGGCCCGCCUCAUAGUGGAUGCUGUUCAACGCCUUCUCCGAGAGCUCUUCAAGUGUCAUAAUGAAUGUUACUAAUUGCAAUAAGCUAGAACAUAAAAUGCAGUGUACUAAUAGAUAUUAUCAUAUUAGAUACACUUGUACGUACGAUCCAACCAGCGACAAUGACUCCGUUGAGUAACGACUGGGUGACGACGCGCGCCGCACAUUGUCUAUUGGCCUUAUAUUUUAGUUUAUGUAAUCGAUGUUUGUAUGUAUAUAGAUUUGAUAUGUGUUUGCUGCACUUUUUACGGCUUAAAUUAUCUGGAAAAUAAUGUGAAAAAAAACCGACCACACUCGAGUGCGAUAACUUUUAAUUUAAUUUAUUUAAUCUCUAUAUAGGUAUAUAAAAAUGAAUUGCUGUUCGUUAGUUUCGCUAAAACUCGAGAACGGCUGGACCAAUUUGGCUAAUUUUGGUCUUGAAUUAUUUGUGGAAGUCCAGGGAAGGUUUAAAAGGUAGAUAAAUAUGAAAAUGCUCGGAAUUAAAUGAAAAUAACAAUAUUGUUUUCCCUUUGAUGUGUCCCCCGUCGGACGGAUUCCUUUUGUUUGUUUUAAGUUUAUUUUGUACAAAUGUUUAGAUGUUUUAUUUAUCGAUUGAGGCACUACGAAGUCUGCCGGGUCAGCUAGUUGUUUAACAAUUUUAAUAAUUGUUUCGUUCUUUGAAUACACGUUUUUUGUUCUGUUAUUAUUGCGACGGUAUAGCGUUAGUUGCUUAGUUUACAUAACUAAACGUUUAUGCAAAGAUACAUUAGUUGAAGCUCCAAAACGUCCCGGGCAAAAUUCUCGUCCAGCACGCGACCGACCCGUCGCUGUGUACAUGGUGCUCGACCAGGCCUCCAGCCCGCAGCCUCUUCCUGUCAAUGUUGUAUGUACGUACACACGUGGCGGCUACGGGUGCUGGAUGAGAUCUCUCACCGCCCGCUACCGGACUGUGGAUGUGACACUCUUACUGUUCUGAUUCAACUGAGCAUUAUUUAGUUCAGCGUCAAUAAAAUGCACUCUUUUACA